AUGUCGGAGCAAUUCAACCAGGAAGUAGCUCUUUCUGGUAAAAUUCCAACAGGCCAUUUCAAUGCUGCAUUUGAGUUAACUGGUUGUUGGCAGAAGGAGGCUGCAAACACAAAAUCCCUUGCUUUUGACGGGUCCUUCAUCACGCUGUACAGCAUCAUAUUAGAAAAGACUCAAGUGGCAUUGUGUGACCAUAUUAAAGAAGCUGUCCCAUCAUCAUGGGAUCCUGCUGCAUUGGCAAAGUUUAUUGAGAAGUUUGGCACUCAUGUUAUUGUUGGUGUCAAGAUGGGGGGAAAGGAUGUUGUAUAUGUGAAGCAGCAGCAUUCAUCAUCCCUUGAACCUGCUGAUGUACAGAAAAGAUUAAAAGAUAUGGCAGACAAGAGGUUUAGCGAUGUAAGUUGA